ACUCUACUCUACAACGUUUUUUCAAAUUAAUCGGAGUGAUAGCAGAGCGGGCCUCACGCAGCAGGCACCGCACCCUGUAUUACUGGUGGUGAAAAUUUCAAAAUCAUAAUUCGUGUCACAGAGCCACAUUAACCUGGUCUGGUAAGUUUCUUGUAUCUUCCCACUCCUGACAUCCAAAGUAUCAAACUUUGCAGGAGAGAGAGAGAGAGAGAGAGAGAGAGAGAGAUGGUUGCAACAGCUAUUUCUUCCGCCAUUUCGCUAUCGUGCGCACUUCUUCCUUCCCAAGGUGGGUCAACUCGGAGCCUUCUGCGGAGGAACAAAGAGAGAAAAUGUAGAGGGAAAUCUGGUCCUGGUAUGAUCACAGCCCAAUUUGAGCUGAAGCCUCCUCCGUAUGAUCUGAAAGCUUUGGAACCCCAUAUGAGCAGCGAUACAAUGGAGUACCACUGGGGAAGGCACCACAGAACUUAUGUUGAGAACUUAAACAAGCACAUAGAGGGAACAGAGUUGGAUGGAAUGGCAUUGGAAGACGUUAUCAUCGCUACAUACAACAAGGGAAAUCUCGAUCCUGUUUUCAAUAAUGCUGCACAAGCAUGGAAUCAUGAUUUCUUCUGGGAGUCUAUGAAACCAGGUGGUGGAGGAAAGCCAUCUGGAGAGCUCCUAAGAUUGAUUAACAGAGAUUUUGGGUCUUUAGAAGGGUUAAUCAAAGAGUUCAAGGCAGCUGCAGCCACACAAUUUGGUUCCGGUUGGGCUUGGCUUGUAUACAAAGCAAAUAGACUUAAUGUUGGAAACGCCGUAAAUCCUCUUCCAAAGGAGGAGGACAAGAAGCUCGUUGUGGUGAAGAGUCCCAAUGCCGUGAACCCCCUUGUCUGGGAUUAUUCACCACUGCUUACUAUUGAUAUUUGGGAGCAUGCUUACUACCUUGACUUCCAGAACCGGCGGCCAGAUUAUAUAUCAACCUUUAUGGAGAAUCUUGUAUCAUGGGAAGCAGCCAGUUCUAGACUAGAAAAGGCACAGGCCCGAGAUGCUGAAAGAGAAAGAGAAGAAGAGCGGAAAGCAGAGGAAGAAUGGAAAUUGAGAUUCAAAAGCUAAAUAACUUCUGAGAUAGGGUUUUGUGGAGGACCAUCCAAGAAAAAGUGAUUUACUGCAAGAUGUUAGAACCAGAGGGAAAAGGCAAAAGAGGGUAUGAAGAUAAAUUACCUACGUAUUGGAGCAAGUCCACUCAUUUAUGCUAAAUUGGCUUUGCCAAGGCUAUUUUUUGCUUGCCACAAUAUCGAAAGCCAAGAAAAUAGCAAUGUUGUUGUAUCGGUUCAGUGCCAUUUUGACACAAUCUCAACUCCAGACCAUUGGAUUAAACUCAUUUCAUUCUUCAAUGUAAUCACAUGACUGCGGAUCAAAAAAAGAAAUGUAAUCACAUAACUUGGAUGAAGUGGGAGAAAUGGUAAUGUCAUAUUAACAUAUUUUGUGC